AUGGUCAUAGGACUACUUGUCCUCACGUCCAUACCGACGGUGACGGGCGUGGCCCAGGGCAUCAGCGCGAAGAAACAGGAGAAUGCGAAGUUGAAGGAGAAGAUCAAGUUCAACAUGACGGCAACGCUGUCCAUCGACGGGGGGCCACCCAAGGAAUCCUGGAUUGUCCUCGCAGCGGGAAGAAUGUGGAUAGACCACCCCGACGCGCCGUUCCCAGGCCACAAGUUCAACGGCUACUACUUCAAGUACCCAUCCGAACAAGGGUAUCAGGGGCUGGUGUCCACAAUCCAGGACGACCCACCGAUGCUGAACUGGCUGUACAUCGACAAGGACACGGGCAUGGUCAAGUACGGCAGCCGCAAAGACACGGCAGAGCACGUCGUCGGGCCCUGGGGGUGGAGCGAGGACGAGGAGUACCUGACCUUCGACGAGGACGACUGGCGCUUCAUCGCAGUUGAGGUCGAGGUAGCACUCGGGGGAGGGACAAGGAAGAUGUGGGAGGUCUUCCUGUCGAGGGAUCGAGAUGGCAGCUUGAAACCGAAGGCUGAGAGGGGAGGGGAGGGGGAUGAGCAGGAGCAGGAUGAUGAGCAGCCGGCGUUUGACCCCCGACUGUCGUCCUACAGGUGGGCGCCGAUCAAGCUGCUCAGAAAGCUGCAGCUGGGGGUGAACAGCCACUGGGUCGGAGGGAAGAAAGAGAACGAACAGUAG